AUGUUGAUGCAAUCUUCCUUUUCGGGGGCAUACAGCCUUACGAGUAUCGCCAUUUCGGCAGUGAUAUUUGCAGCUGCUUUGUACCUACUGAGCAUGCUUUCUGCACACGCAUCAAUUGAUCAUCUGCCAGUCCUCGGCGAGAAAGGACAGACCACGUUCUACAAAACUCUCGAGAAUGCCUAUUUCAAUAUCAAAAACCUGCACCGUCUCCCGUUUCGACGGCACGACAUUGUCUGGAUCCCUCCCCGAUUCAUUAGUGAAGUGAGCUCGCUACCUGAGUCAAAGGUCAGCGUUGCUCGGGACUCGAUGACCCGGUUCCACGGAAAAUACACGGGGUUGGGUAUUAUGGACUUUCAUUUUGUCGAUGUCAUCCGUAUUCAUGUCACCCGGAAUCUGGCCAAGUAUAUCGGAGCCAUGGAAAUCGCAGUUGCCGAGUGCUUCGACUCGGACUCUCCAGACUGGGAAGAAGUUACUCUCCAUGCACGGCUCCUGCAAGUCGUGGGGCGGCUCACAGCAAGAAUGUUUGUGCCAGAACAGCUGUCCAAGAAUCCGGUUUGGGUGAAUCUGAUGAUUGACUACACUAUGAUCUCAAUGCAAGCAGUCGAAGAGCUCCAUGGUUGGCCGAUCUGGACCCAUCCGGUGGUUUCCAGGUGUCUGCCCAAAUGCCGGCAGAUUGUCGACAUGAGAGCUCAGGCCCGCGAUCUCCUCCGACCCGUGCUAGAAGAUCGUCGUCGACUCAUGGAGAGUGAUCCGACUGAUACCAUGCCAGCUGACACUCUGACCUGGACAAUCAAGGAGAAAGGCCCUGGUGGCUGGGACCCAGACUAUCAAGCCCGUAUCCAGAUUCUGAUUGCUGUGGGCUCCAUACAUACAACCACCAAUGCACUGGUCAACACAAUACUGGACAUCAUCAAUAACCCCGGUGUGGCCGACGAGCUGCGUACUGAAUACACCGACGUCCUGGCCGCCAAUGAUGGCAAGAUGAACAAGAUUGCUCUCAACAAUUUGAUCAAAUUCGACUCGGUCAUGAGAGAGUCACAGCGCUUGAAUCCAUCCCAUGCCAUCGCCAUCGGCCGGGUCGCGACGUUAGAUCUCAAGCUCUCAGGCGGCCAGGUCGUGCCGAGUGGUGUUCAUUUCCUCUUCUCGUCCGCAGCAGCAAACAGAGACCCGGCAUACUACAGUGAUCCCAAUCAAUUUGACCCUUGGCGAUUUGUGAAAUUAAGGCAAGCCGAGAAGGAUAGGUCGAAUGAAGGGAAAUGGCAGUUUGUGGCCACAAGUCCCAAUUCCCUCGGCUUUGGUCACGGAACCCAUGCUUGUCCCGGACGUUUUUUUGCAUCAAAUGAAAUGCGUCUGAUUCUGGGAAAUCUGCUGUUGCGCUACGACUUCAAGUUCCCACCUGGGAAAACCCGUCCUGAGAGCUUGUAUGGGGAGACGACCAUUUCGCCCAAUCCCAGCACGAAGGUGUUGAUCAAGGCGCGCGUAUAG